AUGGAGCAGCUGGGGCAGAAGCUUCUUUACACGACGCUUGAACUUGAGAAGGUAAAGUCGGAAGGUGUGGAAGAGACUCGUAAAAACAAGGAAUACAUACGUCAGCUCAUUCACCUCCUCCGCUACGCCAUCCACGAGAGAGACGAAGCCAAGAAACAGCUGCACGACCUCCUCAAACCAAACUCCGACUCCAACAGCCUCACCGAGUCCCCCCCGAGCCCUGUUGUUUUGAACGGCAGUUCGGUUUUGGUGGGCCACGAACACGUUGAUCUGGACCGCCUCGUCCGGGGGCGGGCCCUGCCCCAGAAGGGUAAAUUCCUCGACGCGGUGCUUCGGGCCGGGCCUCUGCUGCAGACGCUGCUGCUGGCGGGCCCACUUCCGAGAUGGCGUAACCCACCACAGUAUCAGCCGCAUCAGAAUCAGAUGAUGCCGCUGCCGCUGCCAUUGUCAUUUCCAAACGCAGGGCGGGUCGAGUUGGCUCGUGAUCAUUGUUCGCUUGGAAUCAAUGGUUACGUGCCUUCGGCCAAGAGGCAGAGGUUCGGUUGA